AAGAAUCAAAGUUAGGUCAUAUCAUAUCAUCUAAUAAAACAAGAGAUUGACGGUAGAGGAUCAAGCAAAGACGGUGAUGGAAACGACAACGGUGAUGGAAAGGAAAAUGGUGGAGAAGCAGCCGGAGACUACAGUAGAGGCUGAAACACCGAGUGUGACUAAGAUGAAGAGGAUUAUGGUUGCGAUCGAUGAGAGCGAUUCAAGCUUCUACGCCCUUCAAUGGGUCAUUGACCAUUUCUCUAGCCUCUUAGUGACCACUUUGGCGGAAGGUGGCUUGCUCACGGUGGUUCAUGUGCAGACUCCGUUCCAACACUUUACUGCUUUUCCGGCUGGACCUGGCGGCGCGACAGUCUACGCAUCUUCGUCGAUGAUAGAGGCAGUGAAAAAAUCACAACAGGAGGCCUCUACAGCGCUUUUAUCGCGUGCACUCCAAAUCUGCAGAGCCAAACAGAUACGUACUGAAACUCUGGUGCUUGAAGGCGACGCGAAGGACAUGAUUUGCCGGGCGGUAGAGCAAAUGCACGUUGAUCUUCUCGCUGUAGGCAGUCGUGGUCUUGGCAAGAUCAAAAGAGCGUUUAUUGGGAGCGUUAGCGAUUACUGUGCUCAUCAUUCCAAAUGCCCCAUUCUUAUUGUGAAGCCACCAAAGGAGAUGACUCAUUAAGUAAAAAGUUGCACAUGUUUUAAGUAUAAUCAUAUUUUCAUGAGUGUGUUUUGUACGUACGCGUGUGUCUGAAAAUGUAUUAAUUUGGAUGAGCCUAUUAGGAAAAUGUGUGGUGUGUGUAAAUAUGAAUAAAAUCGAAUAAUGUAGCUUGUAGUCGCUAUUUUA